GCAGUAGCAAUACGGAAGCGAAUAAGAUAGACUGUUGCCCGGUGAUUUACAUCCCUUUAUUACUUAAUAAACAGUUCCGAAAAUGAGAAUCGCGUCAAUCAGUGGUUUGGUGAUAUAUGUAACAGUGACUUUGGGGGCGAAAGCUUUCGGAUUCAUCGAUGAACCGUAUUAUUAUAACAGGCCUUUUGGCUGGGACAGGUAUUAGAACAACACACAACACCAACAACGUACGUUAUAUAACGGAUAGAAAUCAACCUUGGUAUGGAGUCCCUGGCGCUACCAACAGUCUUAUAGACAUACCAAGAAUAAGUAAUACAAACGUUAUUUAUGCGUACCGGCCGUCAUACGGAGACAGAGUCGAUGCGCAUAGUAAUAGAUAUGGCGAAAGGUACAAUAGCAUAGCUCCUGGUAUCCAGUAUCCUGUUCAGCGCGGCUGGGAGUAUAUAGCUGCAAAUAAGAAGAUUCCGUAUCCCACAUACGGCACAAUAAGUUCAGGGAGCUAUUAUCAAUUCGGGGAGCCUGGAUGGAAAUAUGCCGGCAGAAGAAGACAAGAUACGAUGACGCAAAACCAUUACUGGAAUAAACCGAUGUUCAUUAAGUCCACGACUUCGAAGCCGAGUACGACGACAACUCAUCGAACGGCAACAAGAAGAAGCAAACUCUUCGUACCAAAUGUGUGGGGAUAGCAAAACCUUUCGUCAUGUCA